UCUCACCCACCCGCGGACAUGGGACGCCGGAAGUCCAAGCGGAAGCCGCCCCCCAAGAAGAAGAUGACGGGCACCCUGGAGACCCAGUUCACCUGCCCGUUCUGUAACCAUGAGAAGUCCUGUGACGUGAAAAUGGACCGUGCCCGAAACACUGGAGUCAUCUCUUGUACCGUGUGCCUAGAAGAAUUCCAGACACCCAUCACAUAUCUGUCAGAACCAGUGGACGUGUACAGCGAUUGGAUAGACGCCUGCGAGGCGGCCAAUCAGUAGCCACACAGAGGACCCACCCCCCUCGGCGGGCUGCCUGCCGCAGACUCAUCCAGAGACAUUCCAGGGGUCCGGGGUGUGGGUCCGGGCUGCUACCGCCCUCCGUGUGUGUGACUGUGUGUGUGUGCGCGCACGGUGGGCAUGGGUGGCCACGAGGCUGGCCCUGCCGUGCGGCUCGAGCUGAGGGCUUGCAGGGCCCGAGGGCCCGGACUGGCCUCACUUGGCCCCUAGAGCCGUUGACCCUCCCCUUUCUCCGCCUCCAGGCUCUGGGGCGCUGGCUCCUCAGUGGGCAGGGGAAGCCCACAGACCCGGGGUGGGAGCUCUGUAGCCUCCGUGGCUGCCUCACCAGCACCUGGCCCCUCCGAGCCGGGCUCUCCCUCCCCCUCCUUCCUCCAUCCCCCUCCCCCUUCAUCCCCCCUCCCCCCAUCCCGGUGCUUGUGGCCCAGGCUCCACAGCCCCCAUUCUCCAGUCCCUUGUUGGGCCCAGCGGGGCAGGGAGCCGGCUCCCCUGUGCCGCCCUGGAAGCCCCAUUUCCCGUUCAGUAGCUUUUGAGAGGAGGCAGGGGCUGGGGUGGGGACAGCCGUCAGUCACAAGUCCUUAAAUAAAAGGCGCUGAUGGAGA